GCUUUGACUCCAAUUAAACGGGUGGUCGUCUUCCUCCUCCGUCGGGGUAGAUUCGAAGGUGCUAUAAAGAAUCCUCCUGCCCGCCUUCGUUAAUCUCUUCACUUGGAUGCUGGCUUGGAAGGCGAAUCAUGGACGUUGGUCUGAUGGGAUACGCCAAGAUGGACGACCAGAUGGCAAUCCAAGAGGCGGCCACUGCGGGGCUGCGCUCCGUGGAGAACCUCAUCCGGCAACUCUCCGGUCAGCAGCAGCAGCAGCAGGUCGACUGCCGGGGAAUCACCGAUGCGGCCGUUUCCAAGUUCAAGAAAGUCAUCUCCAUCCUCAACCGCACCGGCCACGCCCGCUUCCGCCGCGGCCCUUCGUCGGCCGGGAAGUCUUCGAUCCUAGAGGCGGCUGGGAAGACGCUGUCCCUGGCCCCCAUGCCGCUCCGGCCCGUCAAGACACCUCAGCACGCGCUUCCUCCCCGAGGAUUGACUCUCGACUUCACCGAGUCGGAGGCCGGCGGGGAAGCCUCGCCGCUCGGUCAGUACGGGGAGAAGGAGCGGUUUAGCAUCUCGACGCCGAUGUCUUCCGCGACGUCCUCCUUCGUGUCGUCCGUAACAGGCGAUGGCAGCGUCUCCAAAGGCCGCGGCCAGCGCGACAGCGCUUCCCUCCUCUUCCCUCUUCCAACCGCCUCUGUUUCUACCAGGAAGCCGCCGCCCUCGUCUUCGCUCAAGCGGAUUUGCCUUGAGCACGGUAACGAACACUCUCACUCCGGGCAAGUCGACGGAAAGUACGCCGUCUCCGGCGACCCCUGCCACUGCUCCAAACGAAGGAAAUUGCGAGUGAAGAGGACAAUACGUGUGCCGGCGAUAAGCUCGAAGGCGGCGGACAUCCCGCCGGACGAAUUCUCGUGGCGCAAGUACGGGCAGAAGCCGAUCAAGGGGUCACCUUACCCACGGGGCUACUACAAGUGCAGCUCGCUGCGCGGCUGCCCGGCGAGGAAGCACGUGGAGCGGGCACUCGACGAUUCCUCAAUACUAAUCGUCACCUACGAAGGCGAGCACAGCCACACUCCGACGGACGGAACCGCCGUCGCCGGCUGAUGCCGAACCUACAUCCUCUGCGCCUCCUUUUUAAAUUAUUAUUAUUAUUAUUUUGAAGUUUUUUCCUUAGAAUUUGCCAUGACUCAGUGUUGUGAUGCAUCAAGAAUGU